CCUCUUCACUGAACAUCAAUAUUGCAGUGUUACAACGUUCUGUUAGUGCUCGAUCUAACUUGACAACAGGACUCGUAGCAGGACCUCUUUUCAGUCUCUCACAUGAACAAUGCUCUUCCGCCUGAUGUGUGUGGCACUGCUGGGCCUGUGGUGCUGUCUCUCCAUGUUGACAGCUAGGAUUUUUUACCCAAAAACUCUGCCGUGUGAUGUCAGUGAGGCCGACAACGGCAGUGCAGUGAAGGUGGACUGCACUGAGAGAAGCCUCAAAGAUAUCCCCCGGGGCAUCCCAAGAAACACUACCAACCUGACGCUCACCAUCAACCAUAUUCCUGAAUUAAACUCCACCUCCUUCCGAGGUCUAGAGAAUCUGACUGAGAUUGACAUGAGGUGCAACUGUGUCCCCAUCAAAAUCGGCCCCAAGGACCGCAUGUGCACAGAGAGUGUGGCGAUAAUGGAAAAUACUUUUACCGGCCUUAGGAAUCUGCGAGCGCUGUAUCUAGAUGGCAAUCAGCUGUACAGCAUACCUAAAGACCUGCCUUCAAGCCUGAUUUUGCUGAGUUUGGAAGUGAAUCACAUCUAUUAUAUUUCCAAAGCAAACCUCUCUGACAUCAGAAAUGUUGAGAUGCUUUACCUCAGUCAAAACUGCUAUUAUCGCAACCCAUGUAAUGUUUCGUAUGACAUAGAGGAGGGUGCAUUUUUGCAGCUUAACAACUUAAGGCUGUUGUGCCUUAAGUCAAACAACUUAUCCUUUAUCCCACAUCAACUACCCACAAGUCUGAAGGAGCUGUAUCUCUACAACAACAACAUUCAGAGCGUCACUGAUGAGGAUUUCAAAAACCUAACAAACCUUGAGAUUCUGGAUAUCAGCGGAAACUGCCCUCGAUGUUACAAUGCUCCCUUCCCCUGCUCCCCGUGCCCAAACAAUUCGCCACUUCAAAUCAGCAAGACCGCUUUCAAGAUGUUGACAAAACUUAAGACGCUCCGCCUGCACAGUAACUCUCUGACAUCUGUGCCGUCUGAGUGGUUCGCCAGCACAACGGAGCUCAGGGUGCUCGAUCUCUCGUCAAACUUUUUGGCAAGAGAGAUAGGAGUCACCGCUUUCCCACGCUUCCUGGGCAAACUGCAAGAACUGGACCUUUCAUUUAACUAUGAGCUGCAGAAAUACCCUCAAACACUGAGGCUGAGCAGCAGUUUCUCCUCCCUCAAAUCCCUGAGAAUUCUCAGAAUAAAGGGCUUUGUGUUUCAGCAGCUAAAGCCAGAGAGCAUUGCUCCUUUAAAACCUCUCACAGGCUUGGAGGUGUUAGAUCUGGGUACAAAUUUCAUUAAAAUGGCAAACCUUAGUAUUCUGAUGGAAUUAAGAAGUUUUAAAAUCAUCAGUCUGUCUGACAACAAAAUAUCUUCCCCCUCUGACGGCCAAGAUGCUGUUGGUUUCUCUGGAGGAGAGCCUUUGCGCUGGUCUCCCAUGUCUGCUGCUUCUGAGUACCAAAAUAAGGAAGUGAGAGAGAUACAUUACUUCAGAUAUGAUGAGUAUGCACGCAGCUGCAAAUACAAAGAUAAAGAACUAGGAGUUAUUACAUCCUUUGUCAACAAAGAAUGCAGUCAGUUUGGCAAAACCCUGGAUGUAAGCAGAAACAACAUAUUCUUCUUGCAUUCGAGGUUUUUAAAUCUCGGAGAGCUGAGGUGCCUCAACCUGUCCGGAAAUGCAAUGAGCCAAAGUUUGAAUGGCUCUGAGUUCGCCUAUCUGACUAAUUUACAGUAUCUGGACUUCUCUUCAAACCGCCUGGACUUGCUCUACUCCACUGCAUUUCAAGAGCUGAAGAGUCUGGUCAUCUUGGACAUAAGUAACAACAACCAUUAUUUUGAGUCUGAGGGCUUAACUCACAUGCUUAAUUUCACAAAAAACUUAAAAAAUCUCAAGAUACUGAUGAUGAACCACAACAAGAUCUCUACUUCCACGAACACAGAGCUGGAGAGUCAGUCUCUGGAGAGGUUUGAGUUCAGAGAUAACCGCCUAGAUAUGCUGUGGAGAGAUGGGGACACCAGAUAUGUCAAUUAUUUCAAGAAAUUACUUAAUCUGACUGUCCUCGACAUCUCUCAGAACAACCUCAAUUUCAUUCCACCGCAAGUGUUCAGCGGCCUGCCAGGCAAACUGUCUGAGCUCUACAUCAAAAACAACAGACUAAAAUCCUUCGCUUGGGGCAGACUGCAACUUCUACAUUCUUUGCAAGUCUUAGAUCUCAGUGGAAACAGCUUAACUACUGUUCCACGCAUGCUGUCAAACUGCACCAAAUCUCUCAGGAAGCUCAUUUUACAUAAGAACCAAAUCCUAAAACUCACGCCAGACUUCCUCAAGGACGCCUACAACUUAAAAUAUCUGGAUCUUAGCUUUAAUCACAUACAGCACAUUGACAAAUCUAGCUUUCCAGAUGAUGUUGUUAAUCAGAUGGACAUGCUGCUUCUGCACAAAAACAGGUUCUUGUGCAGUUGCAACGCCACUUGGUUUGUUGAUUGGCUCAACAGGACCACAGUCCCCAUCCCCAGACUGGCCACAGAUGUCACCUGUGCCUCUCCAGGGGCGCAAAGAGGUCAUCCCGUGGUCUCAGUGGACCUGCUGGCCUGCCAGCACAGCUACCUGUCAAUCAUCCUCUACAUCCUCACAACUUGCCUCAUCCUCAGCUCCCUCACCCUGUCCAUCUCCAGCCAUCUCUUCCUGUGGGACUUCUGGUACAUCUACCACUUCUGCAGGGCCAAGCUCAAAGGCUACACCCGUCUGUACUCCCAAAGCUCCAUCUAUGAUGCCUUUGUGAUAUAUGACAAGGAGGAUCCUGCGGUGUCAGAGUGGGUGAUGAAGGAAAUGUGCGUUCAUCUGGAGGACCGCGGAGACCGCCGCCUGACGCUGUGUCUGGAGGAACGAGACUGGAUCCCCGGAUGCCCCCUGAUUGACAACCUCUCCCAGAGCAUCCACAAGAGCAACAGGACCGUGUUCAUUCUCACCAGCAGAUAUAUUAAAAGUGGAAACUUCAAGACAGCUUUCUACAUGGCCCACCAAAGGCUAAUGGAUGAAGAAAACGAUGUUAUCGUUCUGAUAUUCCUGGAGAAUGUACCUUGCAAUUCAAAGUACCUGAGGUUAAGGAAGAGACUGUAUAAGAGGUCUGUGCUGGAGUGGCCGACGAACCCUCAAGCCCAGCCAUACUUCUGGUUCAGCCUGAGGAGUGUAUUAGCAACGGAAAGCCACAAACAAUACAACAACCUCUUUAAAGAGACACUGUAAAUACACUGUAAGA